AAGCUGCGGACAGUGUGGUCUACAUGCAACCAUGUUUCAUCGAUAAAGAUGAUUGUUCGAUUUUCAUCUCGACAUUUUUUCAUUGCACGGUAUAAAUGUUCAACCCAUUUACCAACUGACCAGCAGAAUCGUCGCAACAUCGACAGCAGCUAUGGGCAUCGUCAAGUGCGCAUCCGUCAUCGUCAUUCUCAGCUUUAUUGCCGGCUGCUAUACUCAUCCGACAAUUACGGAUACACUUAGAAGCUGCAGAGAUGCUUGCAAACAGAAACCAUUGGACUUGGCCUUUGUAAUCGACUCUUCAUCCAGUAUAUCGCCGGAGGACUUUACAUUGGGGAUGUGGUUCGUGGAGGACUUUAUAGAUAUUUUCGAAGUGGGCCCCUUGACCGUGAGGGCCUCCGUAGUGACGUUUGGCGACCGCGUGUACGAUGAGGACGCCUUUGGUUUCAACAGGUACACCGAUAAGAGGUCCUUGAAAAAGGCAAUAUCGAUGAUCCCCUUUAAGGCUGGGCAUGCCACGGACACCGGGGCUGGCAUCCAGUUCAUGAGAGACAGAUUUCUCCCUCACGCCCGCAAAGGGGUUAAGACUGUAUGUAUUGUGUUGACCGACGGCAAAUCCCAGGAACCGGAACUGACGGAGAAACAAGCCCGGAUCACCCGAGAUGCCGGCGUGGAGAUGUUUGCUGUUGGUAUCGGCCGUAGUGUCUCAGAGGAGGAACUGAGGAACAUCGCCGGCGUUGAUGACCACGUCUUUACUGUCACUACUUACAACCUUCUGGGCACCAUCAGAUCAAGGCUCGCUUUUCAGUCAUGUGGAGAGGAACCUAUUUCAAGAGUUGUGUGUCGUGACAGCCCCAUCGACGUCAGUCUUGUCAUAGACGCCUCCUCCAGCAUCGGCCCCACCAACUUCACCAUCGGAUUAGACUUCCUCGAGAACUUUGUCAGGAGCUUCGACAUCUCCCCACACCGAGCCAGAUUUUCCGUCAUCACCUACGGCCUCGGCAUCUACAACAACACGGCUUUCGACUUCGACGACUACAGCAAUGAAGUGAGCCUCGUGAAAGCCAUCGCCGGCAUACCCUACACCGGUGGCACCCACACCGACACCGGUCUCGGCAUUGAGUACAUGCGAGACAGGCAGAUGCUGCCCAAACAACGCGCCUAUGCAGCUCACAUCGCCAUCGUGAUGACCGACGGGCAGUCUCAGGACAGGGAGAAGACUCAGAAAGAAGCGGCUAAGGCUCGAGACGACGGUAUCAACAUGUUCGCCAUCGGUGUCGGUUUAAGCCUCUCAGAAGAAGAGCUGCUGAACAUCGCUGGACGGAAAGAACAGGUGUUCACUGUGACGGACUACAAAGCUCUGGAAACAAUCCAUAAUGAACUGGACAUCAGGACGUGUAGAAUAGUUCUUCAUCAGUUCGGCCAGGUACGCCCAUCGGUUGCAUAAAACUGGAUACAACAAACGGUUUUCGACUACAACCAUUCUCUGUAAUACCGUUGAAAGGUAUAAAUGUGCAGCGAAAUAAAUAUU